AAUACUGACAUCCGUAAUAUUGAACAUAUUAUGAACAAUUUUGUGUGUUAAAAAUUUGGUGAGAAAACGAGAGAUAUGAGUUCCCACGAAGACGACGAGGAAGAAGGACCAUCUGUAGAUUCUGCAAAUGCAGAAGAACGGAUAGCUGCGCGAAGAAUCCGGAUACAAAGACGUCUUGAAGCCGCGAGAAGGUAAGCUUUUACAAGCCUGCAAAAAGUCGGAAAUGUUUUGAACUUGCAAAAGUUUCUGUUCUUUUCUUAAUAUCAGAGAAGCAAGUGGAGAGGAUGCUGCGAAGAAGAAGCCAGUUGAUUCAGAGAAAGAUGCACUUAAAAGCCGAAAACAAAUGGAAGACAGUAGACAGGUUAACAAUUUAUUUGAAAGAUCAACAACAUCAGAAUAAAAUCUGCUACAGGAACAAACUUAAUGUCUCUGCUCCUAUUCCAGCAGAGGAACAAAUGCCAAUGUCUUUUUUCUGAACUUUCCUCGUUUUGUUUUACACAGCGCUUGGUGAAACUGAAAUCUGAUGGCACGGAACUUGUCACAAAUGUCCAUGUUGCAGCUGAUGCAAGAGAGUCAACAAGAAGACUUGAGGAGGAAGAGCAACGAAGGCAAAGGUAAAAAAACUCUUAAAAAAUAUCUCGCCUUAACUAUUCUUUACAUGUGGGUACAUUUUUGUAUCAAUAUUCCCAAGUGCGUGGAGAAGAACAUGUAUUAAGAAAUGGAUUGUACUGAAGAUAAUAUUCUGUUUCAAAACUUGCUAUUUAUUUUUUUUUUGAAGAAAUGAGAAGCUUGAAGCUGAGGCCAAGUCUGCUACUGAAAAAUUUGAGGAGGUAGGGUUAAAAUCCAUCUGACCAGAAUUUUGUCUAGUGCACUGUAUUUAGUACUCUUGGUAGAUAUGGCGAGUGUGUCUUACUUUUUGGAGUUAUUUCUCCUCAGAUCACCAAGAAAUGGGAGUAUGCUCUUUCCAAAGAAAUUCCUCAAGACUUGAAUGCAGUGAGUGUGUUUUACAUGAAAAUUUAUGAAAUACAUACAGGAAUAACAUUGAUUAACCUUUCAACCUAUAAGUCAGUGACUAGCAUCUAAUUUCUCCCACACCACUACCAGACAUUACAUUACACAUUAAGGUCACAAAAAUAGAAAAAAAAUAAUCACCAACUAAAGCAGCUCUUGAUCAUUCAACAAAUUCUCCAUGGCAGCACCUUAGGAAAUGUAUAGAGAACAGUAUGGAGAAUAUACAUCUGAUGCUAGGGUUCAGAGGGCUAAGUACCAUAAGUAAUACUAGAUUUAUAUCUUUUGAUAAUGUGCAAAUAAUCUUUCAUAUUAUUUUCAAUUCUAGAUGUUGACAGAGCAAAAAGGUGCCUGUGACAGUAUGAUAGAUGAGAAAAAUAAGCUUAUCCAUGACUUUCAACAGGUAAAUAAUUGUUUCUUUUGCUAUUUUUCAAGGUAUUUUUUGUGGAUAUAAGUUUAUAGCAUUUUGUCAAUUUUGAUGACUUGAAUGUUUUUUUAUUAGGAGCUUAAAGCCAAAGAUGACCAGUAUGUGAAAGACUUGAAAAAAGCUGUGAGUUACCAAAUACUUUUAUUCAUUCAAGACUGAAUGAUGUAACAAAAACUACAUGAAGUUUGGCUUGUGCUCCAGGACCUAGGUUUCUCUGUCUGCAGGAAGAUUUGAGACAAGUCAAAGAUAGUUUUACUAGGGGUCUGGCACUAGUUAUCAGGGCUCUGCCCCUUGGAGACUUCUCACAGAUUCACAUUUCCAAAGACCUCAUUCUUUUCUGCAGAUGAAGAAAUGCUCAUGUGUAAGCACUAAUAAUUUGGGCUUGCAGGCUUAACCCUUUAACUCCCAGAUGUGAUUAACAUGUAACUUCUCCCUACAAUAUCCAUACAUUAUCCCACAAACUGGUAAUGAGAAUACUCAAACUUAUCAGGUAGAAGUUGUUAUCUUGAUUUAACACCAAAUUCUUAUAACUAAUUUACUAGGGAAUGUUUAGCAGCUAGAGGGGAGAAUUGACAAUCAGAUCUGGGAGUUAAACAGUUAAGUUCUCUGUAAGUAUUGACCCUAAUUAUUUCAUGUUCUGUGUUCAAAGGCUGAAGAUGUUGACCUUAUGGUAGAGAGAAUGGAAGAACAGAUGAAACAUUUGACAAAAGCUUACAGAGAGGAACUCACUCAGAUUGAGGUUUGUAAGAUUUACUCUGGGAUUUCCUCAACCUUUUCUUUCCCAAGAGCAACCAAAAAGGAAUUUCUCCUUACAAUAUCAAUAACUUUUCAAGGAGAAAGAGUCAGUAUCCGAGGAAAGAUCUUGUGUGAUUUGACAUAAAAUUCUCCAAUAUCAUUUAUUAUCCUUAUGGAAGAAGACUUAAAUGUCCAAUCAUUCGAAGAUGUUAUAGCAAAGACAGCAUAUUCUCCUCAGUUAUUUUAAGAUCCUAAAUGUGGUUCUGGUCUGGGACUUGAAACCUUGACCUCCCAUAGAGCAGUCCGAAUCUACAAAUUGAGCUAACUAGGCAGCUAAAGCUCUAUGCUAUAACUCAGAUAUGUGAUUUAAUGAAUACAUGGUUAUGAAUUAAUUUUUAUUUUUAAUUGUUUUACCUUGUUAUAGAAAGCUUUUGUAACUGAACGAGGUGAGCUGAUUGAUAAUAACAGAAAGAAAUGGGACACCUCCAUGCAACAGAGACGUGACAAGGAGGUAGAUUACCAUAACUUAUUAUGUCUGUUAGUAUAUGCACUGUGAUUGGUCAAUUUUGCAGGCCAUAUUUCAAUGUACAGCUAAUUUAAAUCAAAAGUUUAAUGGAAGUGAAAUUUCCCCCUCUGUUUGAACCCAGAGUAAAAAUGAAUAUCUUUCUAGCAUAGCUUUCUCAGUCUGUACUGCUACAGAACCUUAAUUUUUUGUGCUCAGAUUCAUGGCCUGUGUGCUGUGCACUUAUGCCAUCAAUAUAAUCCAAAUGGAAAACUUGGUCUAUAAUUACAGUACAACCUUGAAACUUGAGAAGUAAGAGGUAUUAAUAACUUCAGAUUGUAAUUUAAGGAAAUAAAUUCACUCAGAAAUAACCAUUGUGACUUAAAAGAACAGACAUAACUCUCAUUAAUAACUUGAAUUGAUUGAACCACAGGUUGAGUACAUGGAUUCUCGACGUAAAAGAGUUGAAGACCAUGAAAAUCAGUUACAAACAUUGAGAGUCCAGGAUGCAGAGGAAUACAACAUGGUGAAGAUCAAACUGGAGACAGACGUACAGGUGGGUAGCCUAACUGAUACAACAGGUUCUUUUCUUUUUUUAAUUUUUUUAAAACUGGUUUGAUCCCACACAGUUUGAAUUCAAAACACUUUUUCAUAUGCACUCUGGUGAAUGGCUUCUUAAAUAUUGAUGAUUACUGCACAAUAAAAGGUUAUGGCUCUGGGUAAAAUUUAAAAAGACACAUGUCGUGCUUUUGAAGAAGAAGGAAGAAGGUCAGUGCAAAAAGGGGAAAAGGAGAUUGAGAGAAUGCAUUGGAAAAAAACUUACGACUGCUAAGAAUCGAUCCUGGAUCUCUCACUUACGAGGAGGACAGCUAUUGAUUUUGCCGAGUUUGCAGAACUUAUUUAUAAUGAGAAUGUGCGUCCUGGGAGAAGAACAUGGCACAUCAGUGCAGUGCUCUACAACCUGAGCUAGCCAGGCAGCAGUUUAUACAGGCCAUUAAAGGAUAAGUUCAGGAAGGCUGUUGAUCAAUGUACUUUUCAAAUUUCCUCUAAUCUAGAUAUUGGAACAACAGCUACAGCAAAUGAAAGCCACAUACCAGUUAAACCAAGAGAAGCUGGAGUAUAACUUUCAAGUGAGUCAUUUCUAGAAACAGUAAAGAUAAUUGCACUGUUAACCUUUCAGUUCCUUGAGUGACCAAGACAGAACUUUGUUUUGAGUAACAGGAUGGCUAUAACAUCAGGAGAUGCUCAAAUUAAACAAUUACUUAUUUAAUAAUAUUUUAAAUAGGUGCUGAAGAAGCGCGAUGAGGAAAACACUAUCACAAAAUCACAACAGAAACGUAAAAUCACCAGGUUUGUAUAGUAUUCAGAUACAGUGUACUCUUUACUAGCAAACAUGGGCUUGUAAAAAUUCAUGUAGACUUUUAUGUCCUUUUUUCCAGACUUCAAGAUGUCCUAAAUAAUCUUAAACAGAAGCUGGCCAAGCAAGAAAAACAAUAUAGGUGAUGGUUUAUUUUGAUCAUUUUGAAAUCAAAUCCUCUGACUUACCGAGUGGGGCUGCUUGAAAUAUCACGAGUAUGUGUUUCAAUCCAUAAUUUGGUAAUUACUGUUGGUUUACCAGAGAGGACAAUCAAAGCUUAACAGACGAUUACAAAAGAAUCACAGAACAGUUUAGAGAACUACAAAAAAAGUCAAGGUAAGUAUUGGAGGUUUUUUCUCUCAAUCUGUAGUUGUGAGGGGCAUAUCCUAUGACAUGCACUUUAUAGGAUUUUUUUAUGGGUCAGAAUUAAAUUUUUACCGGUAUUUUGUAGACAUUUUCAGACAACAGAUCAAAAGAAGUUUCAGGAUGUGUGGGCCAUGAAUGAGGAGCAAGUCAGGGAACUGGUGCACAGUGUGCUGGAGGCAGACAGAAUUAUUCAUGAACAUCAAUUGGGUCUGCCUUGGGAGCCACCUAAUCUGUAAGUACAGUCACAUGACUGUGUGACUAUUAUGAAGUGUCAUCAAUGCAAAUGUCAAACCAGUUAAUCCACAUCUGAUUUGAGUUUGGUGAACUACUGUACAUUUUUUUUGAUUAAGUAGUUUGAUUGUCUGUUUGGGAGUGAGUGAUGAGGAUAUAUUCCACUUAGAUUGUUAAAACAGAUGGACUACUCUUUGGCAGGGAGUCACCUGUUGCUCAUAGAUUUAACCAUUUAUUGUCAAACAGUGACUACUAUACAAACACACCAUAAAAAAGACAAACAACUUAUUCACAACAUUUACACCACAAAUGAACUGAACAGAACAGCCUAACAUUAGCAACAGAUUGAAACUGGCCAAUUACAACCUAUGUACUCUGUACACUUAAGACUUUUAGCCAAUAGCAUCAUGUCAAACUGACCAAUCAGUGUGCAAGAACUGGACUUCUAACACUCAUUUGACAACAAUUUCUCACUUGACUCUGAUGAUGACUUCAGCUCAGGUUGUCAAAACAUCAUUCACCAUGCACCACAGACAACAGUUCUUCUCAGGACUAUUCUCUCCCAGAUGAUCGGGCUAUGCUAUCAAGCACUGUUUUGUAGUAGUGGAAUGAAUUCAAUUUUGUUUCUCAUUUUAGAGAUUUCAUGGACACUCCCAGGACUGCAGAACAGACUUAUGGAAGUAAAGAACAAAAGAUGUCUGCAACACAGAUGGCUCAUGAGAUCAUGUCAGGAGGUGAGCACUCAAAAGCAAUUCUAGGGUUACACAUGAUGGGUGGUUAAGGCCAAAAUUAAUAUUGAAGUGUAAAUUUAAUAGAAAGACAAGUGUGAUUCAAAAAUUUAUGAACCAGUCUGAGAUUUGAUUUGCCUCCUGAAAUAUAUGUGACUGGUGAAUUUUUUUCAUGCAUUUCUUGAAAACCUCAAGAUUUCUCUGAAACCUUUGUACACGAGAAGACAUAUUUUAGGUUUUCCCUUUUAUGUAAAGUGAGAAUUGUUCUUAAAAUUUGUGAGCAAAAUGGGAUUAGAACCUCCUCCCCACCUCCCCCUCCCCCAUUUGCUACCCUCACCAGACAAUUGGAAAGGUCUCAAUUUUUAGUCCAAUUUUAUUAGUCUUAAAACGCUGUUACAUUACCAAAAACUUCCAGUCUUUAAUUGUAAGGUUUGAAAUCAGAGACUCCCAAACGAUCAACUUGCUCGACUUGUCUGUUUACAGAUCUCCUAUUCUUUGUCUCAGUUGAUAAUUGUUCACUCUACAAGUAAAUUAAUAGGUGUGGAAAAUUGAAGAAAUGUAAUUUAUGUAUAACAGAGUUAAUGCAAUGUUCAAUAGUGAUUGUAAGUUGUUUUGUGUGAUCAACUGUAUUUCAGUUGGGACAGAUGAUGGAGAGGAAGAUAUUGAUAAGAGUUCAGUUGGUGGCAAGCUUGAGAGACAGAUGGCAGGAAAGAAAUUGUCUGCUAAAACCAUCAAAGCUGUAUUGGAACUCAUCUGUGAUGAGGCUGUGAGUCAAACACUUACUGUUACAAACAUAUUUAACAAUAUUAUAAGUAAUUGUUUUAGUAUAAUUGCUCAGGUGCCCAUGAAUUCUGUUGUAAAAUUGUUUUUUGUUGUUAAAACCAUUCUGUUACGAUUAUGUUUUGAUUACUCAUGUAGAGAUAAGCAGCCAGUUGCCACUCAAAUUCAACAGGUCUAUUGUAAUCAGUCAGCAAAAACUUUAUAUCUUUCUUUUGAAAAGUGUUAUGCUAAACUAUUUCAAUAGCAUCUUUUGCAUUCUACGUAAUUGAAUUUUGUUCUAUCAGUUUCAUCAAUUCCUUGGUAAAAUUGACAGAACAAGAGCAACAAUCUUGAAAUUUAGCACUCCUGCUAUUUAAUCACCUAGUGCAAGGUGAUUAUAGCUGGAUAUGAAGCAAUCCUCUACCAAUCAGAGUGCACUUACCUCUAUAAUCACAAAAGCAAUUUAACCAAUAACUUAUAAAGUAUAAAUGAUGUAUUUUAUAUCAUUAAUAAUAUAUUUUUGUCAUUUAUCUUUUGCUAUUUUUACAAAUUGUAGGGAUUUCUUGUGGAGUCCAAACUAACCAAACUACUUGCUCCUCUUGAGAAAGAUGAACAAUCUCUGAUGAAGCUUGAUGCCAUCUUUGCAGUAAGUGUUUGUUAUUGCUUGAAAAGAAUAAUUUGGAAUAUUAUUGGUGUUGCUCUAUUGCAUUUUUUCCUAGCCUUUAAAAACUUAGACUGCACAGUGAAAUGCACAAUUAAAAUCAGCCACAUAUUGUUACUAGUCACUUGUUAUAUAAUUAUAUAAUUACAAAUAUUUUUUGUAAUUACCGUUACCAGCACUUAUUAAUUCCCUUCAAUAUUCAAAUUUUAUAAAAUGACUACUGGGAUGAAGCUACUUGUCACUGCAUUGGGCAUGGUGCAUGCUGUAAUCAUUUUUUCCUGUGAAUUAAUUUAAAGAAAGGAAGCUUCUAGUCAUGAGAAAAAGAAAAUGGCACAAAACGUCUUUCUUUUCUGUCUCAAUGAUCUCAAAGCUUGUCUUGAACAUUGGAAACUUGACUUGAGCCUCAAUUCUCAAAGCUUUCAAGUUUUGAGUUUUGAGUGAUGCAAUCAAUCUGAGUUUUAAGUAAUGCAAUCAAUCUGAGUUUUGAGUGAUGCAAUCAAUCUGAGUUUUAAGUAAUGCAAUCAAUCUGAGUUUUGAGUGAUGCAAUCAAUCUGAGUUUUAAGUGGUGCAAUCAAUUGCUCUGACGAAGGGCUAACGCUCAAAAUGUCAGCUUUUUUACCCUUUACGGUGGCUAAUUUACGUUUUCAACUCAGUUGUUAACACUAAAUUACCUGCUAUACUCUCCCACAGACGCAGCACCACAGUUUCUUUAGAAACUUACCCCUUUACUUUUGAGUGGUUACCACAUUGUAUGUUGAUGUUCAUGUAACAGUGACUCCUUUAAUUAUCCUUGCCAGGUUUGACCUUGUUUAAUUAAUCUUUUUAUUUUAUUUUGAAGGCAUUGGGUGUAGAUACAGAGGAUGACAUCUAUCUGCUGUCAAACUACUUCCUUGGUCAUGGAGAGGGUGAACAAGCACCAGAAGGGAGCGAGAGAGGAACUAAGGAUGAUGAGAUGACAGAAGAGAAGGCAACCAUUGAAGAAACAGCUGGCAAAAUGGAUGAAAGAGAAAAGGAAGAUGAAGAUGGAUCUGUAAUGUUGAGUGUGGAUGAGAAGGCAAGCGAUUCAUCAUCUGUAAAAGCACAUUUGUCAGGUAAGACUUGCGUGAACUUUCUCCUUUGUCAAGGGCACGUUAGUUUACAUAAUUUAUAAUUACCAUUUUCCAUACAUUUCCCAAGAUGCUAACAAGGAGAAUUUGUUCAAUGAUUAAGAGCUUCUUUUAGUUAGUUGACCAUUUUCUUCAUUCUCACAAUCCAAGUGUGUGGUUUAGGGGUGAUAUUGUGCGGUGAAAUUUGACGCUAUUCAAAUAUUUGUCUAUUUAUCUCAGUUAUGAUUCUUGGCACAACAUCAGAUUUAAUCAUGGCUAAAAUUCAUUUUCCUUUGUCCUGUAAAAAUGAAAUGAUUUUUUGUUAAAAAAAAGGAUUUGUUCCUACAGAAAUGAAGAACCUUAUUCACCCAAAUGAAGUUGUGAAGGCUUUAAGAAAAUUUGUGCAAGACAACCGCCAACCACAGAAGUAAGUAAAUUCAUGUAAAGCUUGAAAGCUGUUUUUGUGCUGAGGGAAACUAAAACCUUAAAUUCCCAAGAUCUGAAGACUACUUCAUGCUACAGAUUAGCAAAUAUAUCUUUAUGGUUAGUUCUGAGAAUUUGGAGUUGUGUCACUUCUAAAACAAAAUCCUCUCAUUGAUAUUUCUCCUUAUUGAUUUUUAACUGUCUGGUUAACCCUUUAACUCCCAAGAUCUGAUUGUUAAUUCUCCCCUCUAGCUGCUACACAUAUCUUUGUAAAUUAGUUAUGAGAAUUUGGUGUUAGAUCAAGAUAUCAACUUCUACCUGACACAUUUGAAUAUUCUCAUUACAUGUUUGCUGGAUAAUGUAAGGAUAUUAUAGGGAAAAGUUUUCUACUUUCGGAUUAUUAUUAUUUGGAGUGUGAGGGUCAAGGGUUAUUUCAUUGAAAAUCACAACUCGACCUUGUGUGAUUGUAUUUCCCUUCAGGGAAGCUAAGCGGCAAAGUUUGAAGGUGGGAGCUGGAGUUGGAAAAGUGACCACGUAAGUAUAUGAUUGUCAAAAAACAUUUAAAUUUCUUUUUUGACAGCUAAAAAUGUAGCACAAAAUUAAAACUACCUCCGUUAUUUUACAGGCUUGAUGAAAGUUUCUGGCAAAAUAUGGCUUCAGUAAUAGAUGUAAAGAAAGAGCGAGUUUGGACAGCUUUGUUAGAUGGAUUUGAAAAGUAUUUGGCAGUGCUGACAGAGAGGGCAGCUCUGAUACAAGAAACAGAUGCCCUCAAACAGCAGGUGAGCAAGAGAUGGUACAGUUAUGCCAGAUUUGGAGGAGAUAUUUUGUGCAAUGUUCUGUGCAAUAUUGUACCAAACAGGGUUAUUAAAAAGAUUUAGAAUAGCUGGUGCAAUUUUUUUUCAGAGUGGAAUAUGAAAUGCAUUUAACAAUUGGUUCAUAUGUCAGUGUGCGUUCAUCGAGAUAUGAAGCACGCAGGAAGUUUGGAGAGCACGAAAGAUGCAUAAGAGUUGCUCGAGGCUACGCCUCAAGCAACUCUAGCUUCUUGAGUGCUCUCCAAACUUCCUAAGUGCUUCACAUGUUGAUGAACGCACAGCUGACGUAUGAACCAAUUGUUUUAUAACAUUUUCAACCCAAAGGAAAAUUUUUUUCUCAAGGGAUUUGUUUGCUGACGUCAUGAGCGUGCACAAUAGGAAUAUGAAGCACACUCGCGCAAUUGAAUUUGAUUAGACAAAUUUACUAGCUAUGUUAUAACAUUUGUUGGCUUAUAAACUUUUACCAACCUUUUGUAAAGCAUGGGAUAUUUUAUCAGUUUCUGCACUUCACAAUCAUUAUAUUAAAUUAAUACCUGAUGCACCAUUUUCAAAGAGUUAGUUAUUUCAGCAUUUAGAAUAAUGUUUGUUACUGAGAUACAAACAGGGUUGUUGCUAAGUGCCAGCUGCCAGUGAAAUGUGCCAGAUGAUAAAACGGCAAUUGCCAGCUGGAUUUUUGGACUGGAGUGCUCAGUUAACCAAAACAUGCACUUUUUAGACUAUACACUUAAAAUACUAUCUUCAAGCUGGCUCACUUGAUAUUUCAGCUGGCAGCCUAAUUCCUUAGCUACAAUCCCUACAAGUUAUUUUGGUUCUGCAUAUAGCCACUUUAGCUUGGAAACAUCUUGUCUAGUAAACAAUAAGUGAACAAUGUAUUGAGGUUGAUAUUUGUUUCCAGAAUGCAGAGCUAAGGAUGUUGCUACAUCAGUAUGUGAACUCCAGAGUAAGUUUAUUAUUUCUCAGCUGAGCUUGACACAUUGAUUUGGAACCACACUUGAGUCUCAUUAAAUUCUCUUCUGUUAAGAAAUACCACAAGGAAUUGUUUCUUGUUGUCUUUCUUAAUGGGUGAGAGAAUAUGACUACAUCAUGAUUAUUGAUGGUAUUAGUUACUUAUAGUCAGUUAGGAGAAACAUGAUUAGUCAUUAGGGAGGAAACAUUUUGAAAAGAUAACUCACAGAAAAGAGUUUGACAGUUAACAAUGUUCCCAUUCUCAAUCCCACUUGCUCCCAUUCCCACUCUCUUCUCAUUUUCGUUCCCACUCCUGUUCCCAUUCCCAUUCUCACUCUCAUUCCCACUCCUGCUCCCAUUCCCAUCUCUUCUCAUUCCCACUCCUGUUCCCAUUCCCUUCUCACUCUCAUUCCCACUCCUGUUCCCAUUCUCAUCUCAAUCUCAUUCCCACUCCUGUUCCCAUUUCCUUCUCACUCUCAUUCCCACUCCUGUUCCCAUUCCCAUUCUCCUCUCACUCUCAUUCCCACUCCUGUUCCCAUUCCCUUCUCACUCUCGUUCCCACUCCUGCUCCCAUUCUCAUCUCAAUCUCAUUCCCAUUCUCAUCCAUUUCCCAUUCCCCAUCUCUCCCUCUCCAUUCUCUCAUUCUCACUCCAUGUUCCUGUUCCCAUUCCCAUUCUCCUCCUGUUCCCAUUCUCUUCUCACACUCAUUCCCUUUCCUGUUCCCAAUCUCAUUCCCAUUCCUGUUCCCAUUUCCUUCUUCCAUUCCCCCUUCAUUCAUUCUCCUCUCACUCUCUCUCCCGUUCCCCCUCCUGCUCCCAUUCUCAUCUCAAUCUCAUUCCCCUCCCCAUUUCCAUUCUCCACUCUCACUCCUGUUCCCAUUCUCUCACACUCAUUCUCAUUCCCAUUUCAUUUCCUUCUCCUCAUUCCUCUUUCCAUACCCUUCUAACUCUCAUUCCCACUCCUGUUCCCAUUCCCAUUCUCCUCUCACUCUCAUUCCCACUCCUGUUUCCAUACCCUUCUAACUCUCAUUCCCACUCCUGUUCCCAUUUCCAUUCUCCUCUCACUCCUGUUCCCAUUCUCUUCUCACACUCAUUCCCUUUCCUGUUCCCAAUCUCAUUCCCACUUGUUCCCAUUCUCUUCCCACUCUUAUUCUCACCCCUGUUCCCAUUCUCACCCUAUUUUCACUCUCAUUCCCACUCCCAUUCCUGUUCCCAUUCAUAUUCCCAUUCUAUACCCAUUAUUUGGUGAGCUUGGCCAUUACUGAGUUCAUACAGCUGUUUGCAUCAAAAAGGACAAAGUGCACACAACACUCUUGAAAGGUAUUCCAGGUGUCUUGAAAUCAAUUGUUGUAAAUGAGUUACAGAAAUAAAUAUGGACUAAAGGACCAAUGAACAAGAGUAAAUACUGAUAUACUCAUGAAUACAAGAGGAACAAAGCAAUAAAAUAUUGCCUUGCACAAAUUGUUUCUUAAGGUAACCUAGAGUUUGCUCUCCAUGAGUUUACAUCAUUUUCGGUGUUCAUUAGGGUCAAUGAGUGUGUCCUUUUUUUCAUCAAGUUUAGAAUUAAAAGUUGGUCUUGCAAACAAAAAAAUUCAUCAAACCUGUUACACUUCUUUACAAUGCUGUUUUCCCUGAAAUCCUGACAUGAAGGAACUGGACCUGAAAACUAGUCACACUGCCUUUUAAGGUUGUUGCGUGCACUUGCAUAUUUUCCAAAAACCUUUCUACAAACAGCUGUACAUAACAUGUGUCCUGCGUACUGUUAAGAUCAGCAAUGUUGAUAGCUUAAAGUGCAUGAAAAGAAUAGAUGUUAUAUAUUUUUUGUAAUUAAUGUUCUUGUUAUCCUACAAGGUAAAUCAAGAGCUUGAAAUUCCACCCACCAGGAUACUCCAGGCAGAGCUAUCCAAAGAACAUGAAUGA